UGCUGGAUUAACACAUGAAGGUAGAUAGGGGUCAGCCUGCUGAGCUUGUUGUGAGUUUGGAGAGUCCGCUACCUGAACUUGUGAGAAGAGAGAGAGAGAGAAGGGAAGGGAGGAGGGAAGAAGGCUGUGCGCUCUUCUCCCGGCAGAGUGCGUCCCGCUCACGCACAUUCAACGGGACUCGCUCUGCUUUCAGGCAUUAAGCUAGAUUGUCCUCCCCGCUUCUCCUGCUGGAUAUCGCAGAUGAACAGUUUAACGAACGCAGGCAAACUCUUCCCACCCGACAACAUUCAGGCUCCAGCGCACAAAUCCACUCUGUUUUAAAUAGUCUGUUUGCUUUGGUCACCUUUUCCCACCCGGUCCUUUUGGAUUACGUUAGACCGAGAUCAAACUGGGCGCGCAACUAUGGAAAUCAUGCAAUUGUGGAUAAAGUUGGUGGUGUUUUACUGUUGCUAUUUGGGAGCAAGUGCAGAUUUCGAUGGCAGGUGGCCGCGGCAGAUGGCAUCAUCCAAUGGCAUGUGUCGAUAUGGGGGCAGGGUGGACUGCUGCUGGGGAUGGACGCGCCGCUCCUGGGGUCACUGCCAGCCUCUCUUCGCCUUAACUCACAGAGUAGUCGGGAUAAGGUGCCAGCCCCAAGCUGUGUGUCAACCUAGCUGUAAGCAUGGGGAGUGUGUGGGACCCAACAAGUGCAAGUGCCAUCCAGGCUUCACCGGCAAGACCUGCAAUCAAGAAGAAACGCUGGACCAUUUAUUACCCCUGGUGUGGGAUGGCCACCUUCCUGUCUUUCUUCCUGUGGACCAUCAGCCAGUGGGAGUAGUGACGGAGGACCUGAAUGAGUGUGGGCUGAAGCCGAGGCCCUGCAAGCACAGGUGCAUGAACACAUACGGGAGCUACAAGUGCUACUGCCUAAAUGGCUACAUGCUGAUGCCUGAUGGGACAUGUGGAAACGCUCGGAGUUGCGCCAUGGCCAACUGCCAGUACGGCUGUGAGGUGCUGAAAGGAGAGGUCCGAUGUCAGUGUCCGUCACCGGGCUUGCAGCUGGCCCCAGAUGGAAGAACCUGUGUGGAUGUGGAUGAAUGUGCAGCAGGGAUAGCAGUGUGUCCCAGGUUCAGGAAAUGUAUUAACACCUUUGGAAGCUACAUCUGCAAAUGCCACGAAGGAUUUGACCUACAAUACGUCAAUGGGAAAUACCAGUGCAUAGACGUGGAUGAGUGCUCUUUAGGCCUGAGCCACUGCAGCAGCUUCGCCACCUGCUACAACACGCCAGGCUCAUACAAGUGCAAAUGCAGAGACGGCUACAGGGGGAUGGGGCACGACUGUAUACCCAUUCCAAAGGUGGUUAUUGACCCCCCGAGACCAGGCAAACUGCCUCCCAAUCAUCACAACCACAUCCCAGACUUGGAUCACAAAAGGAUUGCCACAGUCCGCCCACCAGUAACUCCAAAGAAAACCUUCCCCGUUGUUCCAAAAUCACCACUCACAACUACAACUGAAGCCCCGCCGGCCCCAAGGACAAUCACCCCACUUCCACGCAAACCAGCAGUUCCCACUCGAAAGCCCUUCAUCCCAACUCGAAAGCCAUCAAUACCCACACUCAAACCCUACAUCCCUCCAAGGGUUGUGGUUCCCACAGGAAAACCCCCACUCGUAACCCCUCCACCAGACAACACCAUUCAGAGGGAGGUAACCAAACAAAGAGGAGAUGUGCACAUCCCUAGGAAUAAUGGUCACAACACUGUUCUGGACACAGACUUUGAUAUUGAGCUCGGCAAUACAGCAGAUGAAGCCAAGGAUGACCCAGACUCGGGGUAUUUGAGCUGCUCCUUUGAUGACGGUCUUUGCGGUUGGAUCAGCGACAAAGACGGAGACCUGCACUGGGAGACGACGCCUGAUCCCACAGGUGGAUGGUAUCUCACGAUCCCAGAAACAGGAAACAAGAGGACGGGACGAGGGGCCCGGCUAGUACUUCCUCUCACCCCGCCAUGGAAUGAUGGCAAUUUAUGCCUGUCAUUCCGGCACAAGCUGGCAGGCCACCAUGUGGGAAUGCUUCAAGUGUUUGUGAAAAAGGGAAAGCAGUACAGUCCUGCAGUGUGGGGCCGAACGGGGGGCAAUGGCUGGAGGCACACCCAGAUCACAUUAUGGGGUACAGGCCUGGAAAGUGUCAUCUUGAAGGGGGAACGUGGGAGAGGCAGAAGUGGAGAGAUGGCUGUGGAUGAUAUCACCUUGAGGAAAGGUUCCUGCACAGAGGAGCACAAUCUAAGGAGACUCUGACUGAAAGAAUGGUGAAGGGCAGACAAAAAGGACAACGAGAGGAAAAAUCAUCCUAAAGAGAAGAGACUCUGCUGUGACACCUCCUUAUUCUGCUCUGAUCCUUACUUUGUCCUUCUCAUCCCCCAGCCCUACUGUGAGUGGUGUCAAAAGUUAUGCAUACAAUUUAGUGUUACAGGAGGUUUUUCCUAUUCAUCUGUUCAUGAACAAGAAGAACUUAGUAGGAUAUUUUUGGCAGCACUCUCCAGUCGUCUCACCCCACAAUUUCAGUUUUCUGAACUGUGCAUGUACUGCUGUAUUAUGGAAAUGUACUGCAUCUCAUAUUGGCUCUGGCAGCCUCCAGCCACACCAGGAAGAUUCAUUCAUUUUUCUAAAUAUAAAUCUGUUCCUUUGCUUUGCAUUUUUGUUUUGUCCAAAUAUUGUAAACACAGUCUAUAUGUUUUAAUUCACUUGCUUGUGACACACACGACCACAAAUGCAGUUCCUGUUUAUGAUAAAGAACAAUAUUAGACUUGGUGCUCUUUUAUUUUUAGAAGAAGUUCAAUUUGCCAAAAUUAGAUUUUAAAGUUGGAUUUUUCUAAAUGCAUGUAGUUCCAGAGUUAACAUUGACGGUCACAGUGCCAAACUUCAAUACAAUAAAGCUGUAAAUUUCCGCCAAAAAUUUCAGAAUUUUUUAGAUUAAUUUACAUAUUUACUUGGAUAAAACUUUGAAAUGUCUUCACUUUGCAAAAUAAAUAACAUUCUCUGUGAUUAAAGACCAAAUUUAAACAUUAAAACUAGAGUCAGAAAUUAGAUAUUAGAUUUUUUUUUUUAUUUGUAAGAAAUAUCUCAGAGGUUUUCUGAGAUUAUAAAGUCAAGAGCUGCACAUCUGGAUAAUUUAAGUGCUAGAUCUGGGUUAUUUUCAGAAUGACAUCUCACACAUUUAGACCUGACGCAGCCAUGUUGCCGCUUUUUUCUCUCAUUGUCUAAGAUGUGCAUUUUGAAUCACAGUUGAAGUGUUUAUGUCAGGUCUACACUCAGGAGAUGUCUUCCUGAAAGAGGAAAAGAGCCUAGAUCUACCCACCCUGUGCAUCUCCUAAAUUUACCACUUAAGCCGUAGAUGACUUCUGUCACUUUUUGUUACAGAUGUCUGACUUCAUCUCAGUUAUGUUUUCUGAUAUGUUCAAAUUUCUGGCUUUAUAAUAUCAGAAAAUAUCUUUGUGUUGUUGUUGGAAAUUUGUGCCCAUUUUAUGAAGAAGUGUAUCCUUUGUCUUGCAAUUUAAAACGUAAAGAUUUUUCUUGUAAAUUUGUGAAAUUGAUCUUAAAAUUUUAGAUUUUGGUGAAAAUUUACGUCUCUGCGGAUAGUUAUUAUUUUCCUUUUACCUACAGUACUACAUAAUAUUUGAAUGCAUAACUGAGGUGUCAAAUAUUUAUAUAAGUGAUCAGUUAUAGAAAUGAGACUAAAAUAUUAAUUAUAAUGUAAUUAAUGCAAAUAAAUAUAUGCAUAUUUGAGGAUAUUUAUCUCAAUACUUUUUUCAAAACAUUAAAUGUGGAAAUAAUUACAAUUUUUACUCACCUUAUGUUAAAAAGAUAUAAAUGUUUUAGCAUUUGUUUUAAAGGUGCGUUUUGCAACACAUGAUGAAUUGACUGAGGCUAUUUGACACCUCAGUUAGCUCUGCUAUAUUGUAUAGCAGAGCUAACACUUCUAUACAAAAAGGGAUUCAUCUACAGUUUGGUUGUUGUGCAAUUUUGCCUAUUAAAUGUGAUGAUGGACAGCAGCACAAGAAAAAUUAAAUAAUAAAUAGGUUAUGAAAUAGGAUAUGAUUUUCACAUAUUAACUGAAGUGUUAAUUAUCUCUACAUUUAAUUAUAAUGUAUAUUCUAAAUAUAUUGACAUAUUUAAAUAAAAAUACAUAGGUUUUUUUGUAUUUAUUGGGGUUUCCUAAAAACUGUCACUUAUAAAUGUAUUUCACAAAUUGUUUAUUUAUUGAUUAGAAGCCCUUCUGGUCCUUUAUCAAUUUGAAACAAAUAAGUUAAAGGUACAGUUCAGUUUUUAUUAAAUAUUUUCACCUAAGAAUAAUUUUUUGUAGUUUAGGUGAAUGAUAUGUUGUAAAGUGCAUUUGCAUUGCUUUUGGAUCACUUAGUUGUGUGUGAUGUUUUAAAAGAGUUGUGCUCUGGUACCAGGUGUGGGAGAGUCUUCAAUGUAAAAAACUGACUGAUGCAAAAGCAGUAACAAUGAACUACUGUUAAAAAAAUCUAAUUUUAGUUAAUAUGGAUGUAAAAAAAAAAAAUCCACCUUUAUUUGAGUUUAUUGAGUUCUGAGUUGCUCUUUGGCUAAUAAUUUUUCCAAACUGAGAUCUCUGUGUUGUUCCCUGUAAGUGAGAUACUGACUGUCCACAAGUCCUCGUAUGGAACAAACCCCUAUUUAAACGAAACACAAAAAACACCCAACAAUUAUAUCAUAUUUUUGUUUAUCUAAGAAUAAUGUUUUAUAUGUUGUUUCAAGGUUACAAAAAAUCUACAGCACCUACUGACAUGACAGUACAAGUACAGACAAGUACAGGUGGGUUUUCGGUUCUCAUUGUUUUCUAGGAGAAAUACAUCAUUUUAUGGUUGUUGUGAAUAUUAAACAUACCAAAUGUAAUACCUGGAAUGCACUGCACUAUACUGUAUAAUGUUUUGUCUGCAAUUAGAAAUAGCUUUACAAUUUAAUGAUUUUGAAAGCAGACCUUAUGGUUCUUCUUCUACAGUUUGCCCCUAGAAAAUCUUGCUCUAUCACUUCAGCCUCGUCUUUCACCAUUGAAUAAACAUGGAAAAUCUCACUCACCUGUAUGCGAUUGUGGUCUAAAUAUUCAUGCCCUGUAAGAACAAGCUCAGUAUUCUAAAAAAACAAAAAAAACAGCCUUUGAAUAUUCCUGGUUUUUGACAUAACUUGUUAUGGUAGAUACUUCUGUAUAUCUUGGAAGAGCACCAGGUUUCCUCUUUUUUUUUUUUGUCUUUUUGCAAAAUGAUUUUGUUAUUCAGUACCAUCCCGAUCCCUACUUUUGUCUGAUGCCCCCUGCAGACGAACUACCUGAAGUGUUUAAAAAAAGAAGGGGCAAAGGAUUUUGGGCAGUCACAAUUGAACGUUUUCUUCGUAUUGUGCUUUGUUAUAUGAAAUGUAUUUGUUACUGACAUUGAUUGAUGAGCAGAAUGGUAUAUUUGUAAAUGUAUUCAUGUGUACAUACUCUGUACAAUGCCAUAAGCUGGUGUGAUUUAUAUGUUAUGUAAAUUCAUAUAUGAAUGUUGAUUGGACUUGGUUGGUAUUUCAGUAUUUAAUUAAAGACCCGGUGGAAGCCUUU